AUGGAGGCUGGAAUCGAGUUCGAGCUUGUGGAAUGGAGGGUUUCGAGUUCUACAACGGAGGCUAAAAUCGAUAAGCUGGAAGAUGAAGGAAGAGGAUGCGAUGGAAUUAGGGGUUAUUUAUUUUAUACGCUCAUUAUGUUACGAUUGUCAAUGGUUACAGGAUACAGAUUUUCUGUUCGAGCAAUACAAGAGGCAACAACAGACCCUAUAACUCCCAUGAAAGCGGAUAAUGGUGGGCGUGGGCAAUCUCCCCCUGAGUGGAAGGUUAAAAUGCUUUAUGAUGGUGAUUGUCCACUUUGCAUGCGUGAGGUUAACAUGCUAAAGGAAAGGAAUAAGAAAUACAAUUCAAUCAACUUUGUUGAUAUAAGUUCAGAUGAUUAUUCUCCGGAGGAUAAUCAAGGCCUCGACUACAAAACUGCUAUGGGAACGAUUCAUGCAAUCAUGUCUGAUGGAACUGUAGUCACUAGCGUUGAGGCAUUCCGAAAGUUAUACGAAGCAGUUGAUCUAGGAUGGGUUUAUGCAAUUACUAAGUAUGAGCCUGUUGCAACAAUAGCUGAUGCUGUUUAUGGUGUUUGGGCUAAAUAUCGUCUCCCAAUCACAGGUCGACCACCUUUAGUAGAAGUUUUGGAGGCUAGAAAGAAAAAGGAUGAAACAUGCAAUGACAGCAAGAGUUGUAGGAUAUAAACUUCAGAGCUCUUCCUUAUUGUGUCCAUAAUCUACGUUCAGGCAAGAUUUCAUGUCCAUAAAUUUUAAAGGCAUGACUCUGUCUGCUUAGACGCCGUACAGUAACAAUUACAUGUUUUACAUCAAGUAUAAAAAGCCGCAUGCCAACAUCUGUAAUAGUGGAAGUUAUGUAUAUAUACAUACAUUAAAUAAUGGUUAUGUGCUUUUCGAUAGUUCAAAACAAUAAAUUAAAACCUCUAUGUACAAUUUACAAAGACAAAAGCAUCAAUACUAUGCUCCCAAGAAAAGGAAAAAAAAAAAGAAGGAACAUGAGAUUUCUUCUUGUAAUAGUACAACUGUACAUGGAUUCAUCAGAAAGCAAUGAAAGAAAGAAGUGUGUGAUUCCAUGC